AUGCGGCGAGGCAGAGCGCCGGGAAGGGUUGCAACGGCGGCGGUUCGCGCUGGAGAAGCCAACGGAUCUGGAGGAUCUAACGAGAUCAAAUUCAGAGGCGUCAGAAAGAGGCCGUGGGGCAGAUACGCCGCCGAGAUCAGAGACCCCUGGAAGAAGGCACGUGUCUGGCUCGGCACCUUCGACUCGGCUGAGGCCGCCGCCCGGGCCUAUGACGCCGCCGCCCGCUCGCUCCGCGGUUCCAAGGCGAAGACGAAUUUCCCCCUGCCCCAAAAUGGCGGCGCCUUCCCAGAUUUCAACCCUCAAAACCCUAAUCAACCGCUUGUCAACAGCAAUCCCGGCGAUCCGUUGCCCUCCGACUCUGAGGUGUUUGCAUUGAAUCCACCGGAUGAUAGACGAGGAGCUUUACUUGUCCGGCGGAUAUCCUAA